AUGAAGCGGAAGCAGAGAGCCUCGGUGGCCGCCGCCAACGCGGACCACGACUCCGACGCCGACGAGCCCUCUCAAACCCCGCUCCCCCUCGAGUCCUUCUCCGGCGACGCCUGCGCCGCCCUCACAGCUCGCUACGGCCGCUCAGCCGCCCCGCAGCACCGCCACCUCCUCGCCUCAGCCGCCGCCAUCCGCUCCAUCCUCCUCGACGACGGCCUGCCCCUUACCCCAGCGUCCUACCUCCCCGCGGCCGUCUCCGCCCUUCGUGCCGCCGGGUCUGCAGACCCCGCCGCCACCGCCGCCCUUGCCUCUCUGCUUGUCAUCCUGCUGCCCCACAUCCCAUCCUCCCCUUCGUCCCUCCCGCCAGACGCCGCCUCCGAAUCUGCCUCCGCACUCGCCGCCUUCCUGUCGUCCCCUGACGCCUCCCGGCUCCCGACAGGCACCGUGCGCUCGGUGGUCAAGUCCCUCGGCCAUUUGACCCUCCAUCUCGAUGCUGCAGCCGAUUGGGAUGCUGUGGCGGCGCCUCUGGAAGCUCUCCUCGCGGCUUCUGUGGACCAGCGGGCCAAGGUUCGCAAAUGUGCGCAGGAGAGUGUUGAAAAGCUGUUUGCUUACUUGGGGCAGUGUGAUUGCACGAAGAAAGCUAGCAAUGCUGCAACUGGCAUGUUUGAGAAGCACAUUUCUUCAGCCCAAAGUCUUAUCCAUUUGAAUUCAGAUAUUUGGGAGGGUAAAGAGACAGAAGUGGCUCAUAUGCUAGGUACAAUGGUGAAUUUAGUUCCAUAUCUAUCAAAGAAGGCAAGGAAGAAGGUGUUCUUGGAUGCUUAUCAGUUAUUGGGCCCUUGUUUUACCCCACUUACGAGGCACGUUCUAAGGCUUUUGGCAACCUUGUUGGAUCAUCUGAAGGCUGAAGGUGUUGAAUCCGAGGUGGAGAGUCUUGUAUCCUUGGUGGUUGCUUACCUGCCUUAUGAUGAGAAGAAGCCUGAUGAUACCAUUGUCUUAGCAUUUCACCUAAUUAAAAGUUGCUUGGUUAAACUUGUUGGCCGCUCAAAAUUGUGGAUGGAAGCUCUUCCAACUGCAUUCGAGGCAGUUUCAGGAUACUUAAUUCUGGGCAGCAAAUGUUCGGAUGAUAUAGCAAAAGUGGUGCAACACUGUAUUGAUUCUCAUAUUGACCAAAAUGUUUUGGUCACUAAUGGACCACAGCUAACCAACAGUGGUGUUGAGGGUUUGAGUGAUCAAAGUGCCCUGAAAUCAAUCUGUUUAACAAUCAACAGCAGACUUCACACAUGUGCUUAUCCUCCGGAUAGUAUCUUAACAGUAGUAUUGGGUUUAUUUCUGAAACUUGGAGAAAGCUCUUUUGUCUUUAUGAAAGAUAUCCUACUUACUUUGGCAAAGUUCGUUAUGAAAGUGGACAAAGAAUCACAAUUGAGGAAUGUUGAAGAAUGCAUUGGAGCAGCAGUGAUUGCUAUGGGACCAGAUAAAGUACUUUCAUUACUUCCAAUAGCUUUUCAUGAAAACCGGUUGACAUGCUCAAAUACUUGGCUUCUACCUAUUCUGGACAAGUAUACAUACGGAGCUCCGCUGCAAUUUUUCCUAGAGCAUAUUGUGCCACUAGCAAAAUCUGUACAAAAUGCAUCUAACAGGGCUUUUGGUUCCCUGUCCAAGUUGCUGGUGGAGAUUUCAAAGUCUGAUGACUGUCUAUACAAAUCUGCUGUUAAAGCCCUGCAGAUAGGUGCUCCAAAAGAUGCCCGCAAGAACUUGAAAGUUCUAGCAUCACAUUCUACCAGUCUUCUCUGCACUUUCACGGACUAUUUCCUUGACUCCUCACCUGAAAAGCGUGCUCAUUUGAAGGUAGCUUUGAGAUGCCUGGCUCAACUUUCUGGUAGCAUGAACAUAUGUGACCUUUUUGUUUCACUAGUCAAAAGGUUUGAUUUAGAAGAUACUCCAUUGGAGCCAGAAUGCAAAACCGAUGUAGAAGAUAGGAUGGAUGAACUUGUCAAAAAGAAAGAUAGGAAGGAUGAAGAAAGUACUGAAUUCAAAACUGAUGAAGUAGAUAGGAAGGAUGGAGAAAGUACUGAAUGCAAAACUGAUGAGAUAGAUAGGAAGGAUGAAGAAAGUACUGAUGCAACAGUGGAGCUAAAUAAUAAGAGGUCUCUUCUAUUAGAACUCUUUUCCACAUUUGUUGAAGUUGCUGAUGAGGAUCUGCUUGAUAAACUUUUUGGAUUUAUCAAGUCUUGUUUGCUGGACAGCAGCAUGUCUUGUCACAGCAAAGCUCUCUUUGCAUUAAGCAUAAUUGUGAAGGAACAUAGUGAAUAUUCUUUGGCUCAUUUGGAUGAAAUGAUGCUAUUGCUUCAUGGAAUGAAGUCAGCUUUGGAUAGCACAGUUUUAGAAAGCCAACUAUUAUGCUACCAGCAUUUAUUGGUUCACAUGAUUAAGGUUAAUGAAGAGAACACCAGCAAGAAGGCAUUCUUGAUUCUAAAUGAGCUAAUAGUUGCACUAAAGUCUAAGAAGGAAAGUAGAAAACUAGCAUAUGAUGUGCUCCUGGCAACUAGUACAAACUUGAGGAGCUCAGAGUCAAAUAGUGCAGAGUCAGAUCUUCAACGACUGUUCACAAUGGUAAUGGGAUAUCUUUCAAGUCCAUCUCCUCACAUAGUGAGUGGAGCAAUUGCUGCACUAUCAUUGCUUAUAUACAGUGACGCUAAUUUUUGCAUGGAAGGUCUGGUAUGCUCGAUUUUAGGCAGCCUUGGGCUUUGUCAAGGUAUUGGUAACUUCUUUGCAACCACAAAAACUAUUGAACUUGCAAGCAGAUAUCGUAAGUGGGAUAUUACCAUGGUCAUUGGUUACUGGCACCAUUUCAAAGGGAAGGUUGUACUAAUAUUAGAAAUAUUGAUUAGGAAAUGUGGGUUUGAUGCUAUCAACUUAAUUACACCUGACAAGUUCAAGGGCUUUGUUAGAAGUGUUGAAGAGGGUCGCAAAGGAAAUCGUAAUCAAACUGAUGGUGCACAUCUCGAGGCAAAAGAACACGAGCAACGUGAUGGCAAAAGGAGGAAACGGGUUGACUCUAAUGCUGAAACUGGACAAGAAGGAACACCUAGUCGUCCACCAAAUAGUUGGUCAGCUGGGAAGAAGCAGGGCAAGGAUUUUCAUUUGAAGAAAAGGACAGGAGAGGCAACCCUCAUGCUGCAAAAAGGCAUCAAAGCAGAGAUUCAGGUGGCAAAGGUGAUAGGACUAAUUUCAAGUCAAGUCAAAAUGGCAACCAGGAAAUAG